GACAUGCCCUUUCUGCGCCAGAUCUUAAUAUACCUCAGCAACACAGGCAGUGGCCCAUGCGAGCCUCGACAAAUCUCGCUGAACCUGACGCACCACUCUUGCACUGGAGUUCGGAGACUGAGCGCCACGUCUAGAACAGACCGAGCAACGAAGGGUACGGUGGCACCAACGAUCUGCUCGAACGCUCGGAACCACAAAUCCACGGUGGGAACGACAUAUCAAUAUGCAAGGAGAUGGUGAUCAAGUACACGCAGUCUUCGAAGAUGAUGCACCCAUACAAGCGAAAUCAUUGUCAAGGACGCAGGGCCCAGACAGUUCACGGGAGAGAAACGUAAGCGGCGCCUCCAAUGCACUGGAUGACGGUGCGCUUUCUCCGCAGCAGGCGACAGAGGAUGACGCCUCGGACGCCACUGCGAAUGGACGAAUGCAUAUCGCAGGCCUGAGUUUGGAACGCUUGGUUGGCGCACAUACACGAAGGAUGAUGCUCGGCCAGCAAAACGAAGCAAGCAUAAGAGUGCGCGCUCUUCCAGACCUCAAAGUCUUGGAUGAAAGGCCCUGCCGCCUUAAGCUAAUGCUUGCCGAUGACGAAGCCGGAGUGCCGGAAGGAACACGGAUUCGGAUGGCCUGAUUGUUCUGCCAGAUUCUUGCUUCACUACAACAUUGUGAUGACAAUCGAACUUGUGACAACAAAAGACGAGAAGAUGCCGACAAGCGACGAACAAACAGGGCCCAUGACAGGACCUCGAACAUCAAGAUUGGAAUUUCAAGCACCUGAUCAUCUUGCCGAAUGGGAAACGUUCACAAGGGCACUCCUGGCCAGUCACGUUUGUAUUCACCGCUUGUGCCUGUUCAUCUCGGCAGUCUCCGGGUCACCCAGACACUUCUACCGGGGCUUCAGUUUGCGAGACGGGAUCGCAGUGAUCGACGUUGAAGUCUCUGCAUUUCGCAACCCGUGCACAGACUUUGUGUUGCCAUAUUUGCGGAAUCUAUGUCGACUAAGAAUGAUUCAACAAGCUGAUAUAUGCCUUCAAGACAUAUCGCUGCUAAACUGGGACCUCCGAGAAGAAGAGGUGUUCCGUGAAUUGCUCCGGAUGGAUGCUCGUCUCGAUUUGGACGCUAACAACAGAAACCUCGUACGAAUGUUGGACGCUAUCAGAGGCAUGCCCUUUCUGCGCCAGCUCAUGUUGUACCUCAGCAACACUGGCACUGGACCUUGCGAGCCUCAAGAAAUCUCGCUGAACCUGACGCACCACUUUGUCACUGACGUUCGGAGGCUGAGGUACCAGGUCGACGACAGCUACGCCCACUUCCUGCACUGCCAGUGCGCCCACAAUCGCGGCGUACGCACAACGACCUGUCUUGAGACAGGCAUAAUACCGACACUCUGCGCCCGUCGCGAGCUGACAUGCUCCACAGGUGACUUGGUGCCGUGCAUAGUUAGCGUUACGCACCCUGAAAUGUACGGUACUUAUGUUAUUUAUGUGCGUUCCACAGUUUGCAUGCGUGACGAAGAUUAGCACCGGUAUAUUUGAGAAUUAGAAGAGGGUUUAGACGGAUUGCAAAAAAUAUUGCAAGAUUAUCGGCAAUUUCUGACAAGCGUAAAGCACGCCAUUCUCGUCGUUGUAUGACAGUGACACCUGAUCUAAGAAUCUCAGCGACCUGAUGUUUGUUGCUAGUGGGCAUCUUUUAUACACUGACAAACGUACGUUCCUCUUGCGGAAAAGGCAUGCGAAAUUGUAGGGACACUAUCCACAUAUUGAAAUACAUUUUACUUUGUCAGAGAGCUAACAAUGUUAUCGAAUUAAGUGGCGCCGCUUACGUGAAGCAAACGUGAGCCUAAGGCAACAGACAAUAAUCAUUGGAUACGAAACGAAAGCACUUGCAAAUGUAUGCCGUCGGGUUAUGUGUAAGUGUAUUUCCGCAGGUCCGUUGAUGCAGUGACGGGUUUGUUUAAAGCGAAACUGCGUCUAGGAAAGUCAGAAUGUUUUGAAAUGCUGUAAGAGCUGAUGUAAAAUUAUGAAAUCUAAACACAGAAGCGUCUUUAGAGGAGCAAUUAAGGUCCUUUCAUGUGAAGAGUGCCGAAGGCUUCUUUAUAGACAACGAGAAAGUAGUCGUAUUUUAACACUCGCAUGGCUGCGAUUUCCACCUCACUGAGGCCGCAUUUCGACCGUAUAGUGAAGAGACUACGCUGUAAUGAAGGGUCGCUGGUGUUGCCAUACGACAGAGAAAAUGAGCGAAUCACACGCCAGACAAUGGACAUUAACCAAAACCUUACUCGUAAAGGUAUUAGGCUAAAAUACCUCCAAUAUGCUAGCUUGACGUCACAAUGAUGUUUCUCGUGUGAGUGACGCUAACUAAAGCAGCUACACGGACAUUUGAAUCAAGACAUUGAGCGCUCCAGCCAGUUUGCAUAUACGCAUAAACAGGUUGUCCCAGUUAACUUCGACCGAGAUUUUAAAAAUACCCUAAAGCUCUAGAGAAAUUGUACCGACUGCAUAGUAGCCGUAGUCGUAUGUGCUCACGGCCAGCAUUUUUUAUCCCGAAGUAUUACGUAAUAAUUAACUUUUAACGAUUGAACGUUUUAACUAUUGCUUGAAUCGCAGAUAUAAAAAAUACAAUGUUGUAGGGCACCUUAAACAACCUCCGAAUCAAGCAUGUGUUUCGUGAUGAAGUGGUCCUGGUUAGUUUUUCCAAGAAACAAGAAAAGCCUGCAAGCUACGCGAAACACGAAAUACAUGAGCACAGGGAAAACGUCUCUAUUACGAAUGAAGCUAAGGAUUCUGUUCGUAGUGUACGUAAAAUAUAAAAAGUCGACAUAUUACAGGAUGAUGUCAUUUCUCAAGGCGCACAUAAACAUGCAGCUUCAAACGAACGGUUGCGUGAAGUUAUCAUUGCUAAUGUACAUUGAAUUCACGAAACUCCUUCUUUUUUUAGUGCGGAAAAUAUUUCUCAUCUAGAAAGCAACACGUUCUUAAUAAUCAGUUUGUUUGCUGCUCUUUCGCUUGGGCAUGCAACACUGAUAAGGUUAGAGUAGGCCUAACCACCGCGGUUGCUUGGUGGCUGUUCGGUUGGGUGCUACUAAGAACGACGUCGCGGGUUGGAAUCGCGGUCACGUUGGCCGCAUUUCGAUGGCGGCGAAAUGCGAAAACUUCCGUGUGCUUAGAUUUAGGUGUACUUAAAGAACCCCAGGAGGUCGAAAGUUCGCCAGUCCUUCACUAAGGCGUGCCUCAUCAUGAGAUCAUAGUUUUGGCACAUAAAACACGAAGGGCCUUGAAAAGCACAAGUACAUUUGCAGAAACGUUGUUUACCGCUUAUACCUUGCUCUCGUUUUCCUCCUCAGCUAUUGCAAGCAGUAUUUUGUGCUGUCCCAACAAUAUGUUGCAGAUUGCAUUUAAAUGAGAAGUGCUUAUGUUGGCUAUCUGUGGAGUGUAAAACUGUGAUGUAAACAAGACGAACGAAUCCUGUGCAUUUCGUGAUGUUGUAAAUGUGUUCUGCAACACCUUCCGAAAAUUUGUGCUUUAUGUUUUCGCAAAUAAAAGCUUUGCCUCACGACA